AUGUGGAGUGCUGACCCUCAGGCUUUGGCACAGUUGACCCAUAUCUUUACGGGCACACUUCUGGCUGAUAACAACGAGCGAAAAUUGGCAAACGAUGCUCUUCAGCAAGCAAAAUUAGAGCCUGAAUUUGAAAAUUAUCUUUUCAGCUUAUUGGUAUUGGAUAAUACUGCCAGAUCAGAUGUUCGAGCAGCAGCGGGUAUCAAUUUGAAAAACAGCAUCCUCAAGGAAAGAGACGUAGACCGCCUGUUUUUGAAGGAAAAUGUGAUUCAGGGCCUUUUAGUUAACGACUCGAUGGUAAGAAACAUAACUGGAAAUGUUAUAACCUCAUUAUUUUCCAUCUAUGGAAUGGAUGGAUGGCCUCAUUGUCUACCUCAGUUGAUUGAGCUUAUCAAAAAUAACCAAACAUCCAACAUUCAUACUCAGGAAGCGGCUAUGAGUGCAUUGUCGAAGAUUUGCGAGGAUAGUGCCCACCAGGUGGACCGUGAAUACAAUGGUGAACGACCAUUAAACUACAUUAUUUCUACUUUGUUGACACUAAUGGACCCAAAUUCGAGCCCCAAAGUACGAGCUACCGCCAUUCAUUGCAUCAACCAAUUCAUUCCGCUCAAAUCUCAAUCUAUAUUGGUGCAAUUGGACGAAUUUCUUGCCAAAUUGUUUCAGUUGGCAAACGACGAGAAUAACGAAGUAAGACGCAACAUAUGCACUGCGUUUGCGCAGAUUCUUGAAGCUCGUUCAGAUAAAAUUAUUCCUCAUUUAGAUGGAGUGGUGAACUACUGUCUCCAUUUGAUGCAAGACACCCAUGAAGAUGUAGCCUUGGAGGCAUGUGAGUUCUUGUUAGCAUUGUCCACUUCUCCUGCAACAGAAACGAACAAGCAGGUUUUCCAGCCCAAAUUACCCUUGAUUCUUCCAGUUUUGUUGGACAAAAUGGUGUACUCGGAAGAGGAGAUAUUCUACAUGGAGAUGAUAGAUGAAAGAGAUAACGCAGACGUUGCUGACCGAGACGAAGAUGUCAAGCCACAGGCCGCCAAAUCCAAGUCGGCUCAUACUGCCUCGUCCAAGCGGGCAAAACAGAAUCAGUUUGAUGUCGAUUCCGAUUCCGAAUAUGAAGACGAUGAAGAUGAUGAAGAUGACGACGAUGAUGACGUCAACCAAUGGUCACUUCGUAAGUGUUCAGCUGCUACGUUGGAUAUACUCUCGUUGAAUUUCCCAGGUGAUGUGAUCCAGAUUUCCAUCCCAAUACUCCAGGAAAAGAUAGUUGCAAACGAAUGGCCUGUUCGCGAAGCUUCGAUAUUGGCCUUUGGUGCCAUCAGCAAAAGUUGUUUGGAACUUGCCGGAGAUAAGAUUCCUACAUUGAUUCCAUUUUUGGUGGAAAGAUUGUCAGAUAAUGAACCCCGAGUCAGGCAAAUCACUUGCUGGACACUCUCGCGUUAUGCUCAAUGGGUUAACGAAGAGGCACGUUAUGGCAACUAUUCCAACUAUUUCCAGCCUACUUUCCAAGCAAUCAUGAACUGUUCCUUGGACAGCAAAAAAGUGGUUCAAGAGGCUGCGUGCUCAGCUCUUUCAUCCUUUAUUGAGGAAAGUGAUUCUUCAUUGCUUGAGGUGUUUUUGGCACCUUUGUUAGUCCAUUUUGCAAAGUGCUUUGAAACAUAUCAAAGACGCAACCUUGUGAUCCUCUAUGACUGUGUUCAGACUUUUGUCGAGGUGAUGGGCCAUGACAAUCUUGCUGCUAAUCCUCAAAACGUAGAGACAUUGUUGACUCCACUUCUUCACAAAUGGCAAUCGUUGGACGACAACGACAACUCAUUAUGGCCUUUGUUGGAAUGUAUGGCAUCUGUCGCAGCCACCUUGGGCGAGCUUUUUGCUCCUUAUGCCCUUCCAGUAUACGAGAGAGCUUCCAAGAUCUUGGCUCAUUGCAUUGAAGUUGAGCAGCAGUGUCAUACAGAUCCUUUAAUCGACACUCCCGAGAAGGACUUUAUGGUUACAUCUUUGGACCUUAUAGAUGGGUUGAUUCAAGGAUUCGAAGGACAUUCCGCAGAUCUCAUUAAUGGUGCCAACUUGAUGCAAAUGCUUCUCUUGUGCUUUGAAGAUCCUACCGAUGAUGUCAGACAAUCAGCUUAUGCCCUUUUAGGCGACUUGGCGAUUUUCGUCCCAGAACAAACCGUUAAGCCAUGUUUGCUGUCGGUGGUUGUCUGCAUCGGGAACGAGAUCAACAACAGAAACUACACCUCGUACGCCGUAUAUAACAAUGCUAUAUGGGCAUUGGGUGAAAUUGCAGUGCGUUGCACUAAUGGAGAAUUGGAACCAUAUAUGAAUAACUUCCUUGACUUGCUUAUACCGUUCAUCAAUAGCAGUGACAUGCAACAAGCAGUAUUAGAGAAUGCCGCUAUAUGCUUGGGGAGACUAGGAUUGAAUGGAGGAGCCAGUAAAUUGGCACCUAGACUCGUUGAGUUUAUUAUUCCAUGGUGCUCUCAUAUGUUAUACUUGAUCGAUAAUAACGAAAAGGAGACAUGCUACCAAGGAAUCUUGCAGGCAAUCCACGAGAACCCCGAUCAAGGAUUCGGAGGACUUUCAACCGUACAAGGCAGAAAGAAUUUGUCGAUAUUCAUAACCACAGUGGCUCACUACUUUGAGCCACCCCAGGCAUUGAAAAAUGCCAUAGGCCAAACUCUUCAAAGUUUCAAGGCAAUGCUUGGCGACGACAUCUGGAACAACCACAUUCUAGCCACUAUUGAUCCUGAAAUGAAGCAGAGCUUACAACAGGCCUAUAGUGUAUAG